AUGGACUACGAGACAGGAAAACGACGUGACUUGGAAAAUGAAUCGUUGUUAGGGUCAAGGAAUGGUAAAAGAGGUUGGUUUCCCUCUCGUUUGGCUGUCUGGACGCUAUUCGUGUGGGGUUCCGUAGUAUUUAUGAAAACCCUCAAUGCUACAGUUAACAGCGAACAUUCACUGAGUCCCAAAAGGUGGCCUUGGGGAUUUAAGGUCAACAAACCUGAGCUUAAUAGGGUUUCCUUUGAGAAUGUGCGAAAUGCUACUUUUGUUCCACAAUUACACAACGUUCAAUGGAUCGGUGGAUCCCAUUCUCAUGAUGAUAUGGGAUUGUUCCUUAAGGAGGAAGGCGAGGCGUACGUUGUUAAAUCCGUAGCCGACGAAAAAUACUCUCGCGCCCUUCUAAGUGCAAAAACAUUUGUUUAUGAUGGCUAUAACUACAGUAUUGAUUAUUUACAAGCGUCUCCAGACUUGAAACAAGUGCUCGUUAGGUCCAACACGACGAAAAACUGGAGGCAUUCCACUUUUGGGUCCUAUUUCCUGAUUAAUCCCACCAGUGAUUCCGUUCACCUUUUAGGCCACGAAAUUGCGAAGGUACAGUGGUCUCCAAACUCCAAAGAUUUGGCCUUUGUCCAUGCUAAUGACUUAUAUAUAUAUUCCUCCCAGUCUUACACCAUCAGCAAAAGGAUAACGGAUGACGGAAGCGCGCAGGUUUUCAACGGUAAACCUGAUUGGGUUUACGAGGAAGAAGUAUUUGAAGGAGAUUCGGCGAUGUGGUGGUCGCCUCAAGGUGAUUACUUAGCUUUUCUCAAAAUCAACGAGACCGAGGUUUUCGAAUUCCCUAUCCCAUAUUUUUCUCAACAUGAGGAUGAUGUUUACCCAGAGGUCCGUUCUAUUAAGUAUCCAAAAAGUGGAAGCCCUAAUCCCAUUGCCAAUUUGAUGAUCUACACGCUCGACACUCAAGAUCUCUCGGGUGUGAAAACGGGCCACAACAUGACUUUAAUCACGGAAGUUGUAUGGGUAGGGGACGCUCAGAUUUUGUGUAAGGCUUCAGAUCGGUCAUCGGACGUGCUGUCUGUCAUUCUAGCAGAUGCCAAAAGCCCAGGAUUAUCCCAAGUCCCCCGGGUGGAGUCUUCUGAAGACGGUUGGUGGGAGAUUACUUACCACACUUCUUAUGUUGGGCAAGAUUCUGCAAAAGGAAGGGAAGAGGAUGGCUACGUGGAUUUAAUUCCAGUGGACGGAUAUAAUCACUUGGCCUACUACUCGCCAGCGAACACCACAGAGCCCGUCAUAUUGACUAAUGGGACUUGGGAGGUAGUGAAUGGGCCUGCCGCGAUUGAUCUGGAAACCAAUGACGUUUAUUUCGUUGCAACCAAAAAAUCAUCCACUGAACGGCAUAUUUAUAAAGUGAAUUUGAAAGACCCUCUUAACGUCAAAGAGAUUUCUGAUACUACCAUAGACGGUUACUUUUCCGUCUCAUUUUCGUCAGGCGCAAGGUUCGCCUUGGUGUCAUAUUUGGGGCCCGAAGUCCCUUACCAAAAAAUUAUUGACCUCAAGCCAGAAUCCACUGCGGCAAGUGAGGGAAUAGCUGGCAAGACCUUAUUUUACUUAGAGGAAAACAAAUCUUUGAAAAAUAGGCUGAAAGGUUAUGCUGUUCCACACAGGAUCUUCAAAGAAAUACAUCUCGGAGAAGAUAAAGAUGGAAAUGCCAUUAUAGCAAAUUCAUACGAAAUCUUGCCCAUUGGCUUCAAUCCUGAAUUGAAGAACCAUUAUCCUGUAUUUUUCUAUGCAUACGGAGGUCCUAAUUCACAACAAGUAGCCAAAACGUUUUCAGUUGGUUUCAAUGAGGUCGUUGCUACGCAAUUGAAUGCAAUUGUUGUUGUCGUAGAUGGCCGUGGAACAGGCUUUAAGGGCAAGGACUUCAGGUCACUAGUGCGGGAUAACUUAGGAGACGCAGAGGCCCAGGACCAGAUUUCAGCUGCCAAAUUGUACGCUGAUAAACCAUUCGUUGAUGCUGAAAAGAUCUCCUUGUUUGGAUGGUCUUAUGGAGGAUACCUGACCCUAAAAACGCUCGAGAAAGAUGCAGGACAGACUUUCAAAUAUGGCAUGUCUGUGGCACCCGUAACAGACUGGCGUCUUUACGAUUCGGUCUAUACAGAGAGGUACAUGCAUACUCCCCAAGAAAAUAAGGCAGGCUAUGCAAAGGCCAAGGUACACAACGCUACUGCCCUGGGAGGGGCUAAUCGAUUUUUGUUGAUGCAUGGGUCGGGCGACGACAAUGUGCACUUCCAGAACUCGCUAAGAUUCCUAGACCUACUAGAUCUCGCGGGCGUUGAAAAUUACGACAUGCAUGUCUUCCCUGACUCUGAUCAUAGCAUCCGCUACCAUAACGCUAACAAUAUUGUUUACGACAAGCUGUUGGGUUGGGCUGGGCAAGCAUUCGAAGGAAAGUUUCUCAAGUAG